GGUUAACCUGGACAGAGAGGAACAAUGUCAGAGCAAUGGGAGUACAUGCCUCAAGACGUCCUCACCCAAGUGUUCUAUUUCCUGCCACUCACAGAUAGACGGGCUGUGUCCCAGGUCUGCCAGUCCUGGGCAUCUGCUGUGGCUACAAGCUCUGUCUGGCACUACACAGAAAUCCGCUGGACAACGGAGGAUCAGCUACAGUCCCUAGAUGGCUUACAAGGUUUCCUAGGUCAGAUUAGACAACUGAAGAUUGUGCUUGACCAGUCCAAAGAAGCAAAUAGAAAAAAUUUCAUUCAGAUUCUUGAAUGUUUGGCCAAAGAAGGCGAAAAGUUACAGAGCCUGACUAUCAUAUGUUGUGGGGAGAACCCUUUGUUUGAUUCCGGCACAGAGAUUUUGGACAGCAUUAUGGAACUGUGCAGGAAAGAAAGCUGCAUAGACCUCCAUCACAUUGACUUAAGAAAACUUCCAUUUACUCUCAGUGAUGGUUUUACAAGGCUCAUUGCUACUGGGAGUCCAAAUCUACAAAGCUUGUACAUCAACAAUGGAACAUUGGUUUGCAAAGUGACUCCUGACACUCUGAUUGAGGUCUUACAGAGGUGUCCGAAACUGUCUGUUCUAGGUGUCUUUUGUUCCAGUCUUUCAGAAGAUGUAUUCCGAGAGCUGAUGAAGCCAGACAGACCACCCUUUAGGCAUCUUGAUAUCUUGUGUGAGCAUCUGGAUAAGUACACUCUUGGUAUUUCUGAUAAGGUUUGGAAAGAAAUUUGUCAACACCACCCAUCUCUGUCUGUGGAUAUGGAGUUUGACCAUACUGUCCCGGCAUGGAAAAUUCCACAAAUCCUAAGGCCGGAUAUCCCUGUAAAUACAUUACAGCUCAACACUUACAAUGAAAUGACAAGACCACUAACAUUUGUCAGCAGUCACUAUGUGCGGACCCUCAGGAAGCUUGUGAUACAGACCACCACCUCGAAAGCUCUUGACUCAGCUUUGAUUGACGUAGCCACAAAGUGCCUUAAACUGGAGGAGAUUCAUUGCUACUGCGUUGUUAGCCCUGAUGUUAUUCAGGCUUUCCGGUCACACUGUCCUCAUUUGAAGAAAUACACACUCAAAGUUACUAAGGAACAACAUCCUUGGAAGGCAACCUAUUGUCAACCAACAUCUACAAAACCUAUACUUUAACAGUAGUUUUACAGGCAAA